AUGGGGGACAGCUGUUGCCUUGGAGACGCCACUGCCAUCCCAGCUGUGCCCACGACCUCCAUAUGCUACAGUGGUGGCAGUUUCCGACAUGGUAUCUGUUUGCCUAGUUCCUGUCGGAGCAGAACAUGGCAACUGGUUACAUGCCAAGAAAACUGUCAGCCAUGUGGCAGCUCCCCAAUUGGCUGUGAACCUGCUUCUUGCCAACCUACCUGCCUUCCAGCAACUUCUUGUGUGGGUUUUGUUUGCCAACCCAUUUGCUCCUACACGGCCUGCUAUGAGACUGGCACCGGUCAGUCUCCUGGUCCAGUUAGCUCAUGCCAGCCCUCCUGUUUGGAAUCCACCGGCAGUUCGGUAAAGUGCUGUGAACCUGGCCCCUGCCAACAAAGCUACUGCCAGGAACGUGUCUACACAUCAGAGUCGUGCCAGGCAGCUUGUGACCAAUCAGUCUGCUGUGAUGCUGGGUCCUGUCAGCCAGCCUGCCCUGAGGUCACUUCCUGUCCUGAAACUUCUUGCCUACCAACUGUCUGUGAGGCUAGUCCGUGCCAGCCAACUUGCUGCCAUGCAGGUUCAUGUCAGCCCAUUCGUGGUGAAGAUCAGCCCUGCAAAUCAUUUUAUUACCAACCGAUCUGUUACCUGUUGAAGCCUUGCCGAACGGUUCCCUGUAUACCGGUUCCCUGCCAGCUGUCUACUUGUGUGUUCAGUUUUUGCAGUCCUACAUGCUGUGUGACCUCCCCUUGCCAGACACUUCACUACCAACCUGCACCAUGCUUAUCCUUCAUCUGCCAGCCAGCGGCUAACAGACAGCCCCCUUGUUCUGUAAAGAACCCUUGCAAACCAGCUUCCUGUGGCACAGUGCUUUCUGGCCAACCAACUAGUGGUGAACCCACUUUCUGCAAUCAAAGUGGCUGCAAAUCCCCUUCCUGCCAGCCAGCUUGCUGUGUGACGGGUUUUGGCAAAUCAGCCAGUGGUGGCUCCAGUUGCUUCUGA